AUGGUUUAUAAUACAAGAAGAAAAUCAGUCUCGCUCGCCUCCCUUGGAAUUUCGGUGCCCGCUGCCGUGAAGCACCACAGACCAUCGCCACCAGCAGAUACCACGGAUCAACCGCCUUCGAAGCGAGUAAAAAGGGUCCACCAUGAAUCCACCAUUAUAAGACCGGAAUUGGGGCCCACGCCACCACCAUCGCCACCAUCACACCAAGAACAACCAAUCAACUAUGAGGAAAUUGACGACGAAAUUGUAAGCAUCGUAGUCAGAGUACUUGAACGUUCUGGAAAUAGACCGCAUACCGUGAGAGAGCUUGUAAAUGGAUUCGGCAAUACUAGUGGUGUUUCCUUAAUUGACAAUUCGGCCAAUCCACAUGCUAUAAUAUCAUCCCGUCUAAAUCUGUAUUUGAAGCGAAAGGACUUCAGUGAAGACAAGCCAUGCGUCCUUGACAAAGAAUUGAUCACUACCCAUCCGAAACGAACAUACUUCUUCCUGACCAAUACCGAGCAUCAACCAAUCCCAGAAUUCGAGCUACCAAUGCCGGCGAGGAUUGUUGUAUCCCCAGCUCCAACCGAUGACGCCGAGGAAGAAGAGGAGGACCGACGACGACGCAGAAUUCCGUCGCCUAGUCCGGAAAUCGAAUUUUUCGAUAACGAACAUGAGGAGGAACAGGAUGACCUUGACGAUACUACCUCCAUUUUCUCCAGAGACCGUUCUGGAUCUCCUUCCUCGCGCAAUUCGCCACCUCUUGAGGGUGAUGAACAGGAAUUUUCGGACAACGCUAUUUCGCUAUCUAUCAAGCAUAGGUCCGCCUCUCGGGACCUAAAAGAAGGUGUGCCUGCUCCAACUCUCGCCAUGGAUGAGGCGACGCUUGAGCACGAUCAUCACGUCCACUUUUUGGGCCCAUACAAUGCCAGUGCACCCGCGGCCCCCCACCCGAGCCCCAUUGUUAGGCCAGUUUCUCCUAAAACUGAAGUUACCGGAACUCGCAAGAACCUUGAAAUUAUCACAAAUUUCAAGCUUGGAGAGCCUGCCGAGAACUACAACUACGAGAGCUGGAGUGAUUUGAAGAGCCCUGAGACAGUCAAUCUCCAAGAGCUCGAUGCUCUCUUUGGAGCCUUCUAA